GGAGAGUUUUCGUUGCAAAAUUCACACGAUCAAGCAAUCUUUGAUUAGUUCAUCAUUCUAACUAUCCACAUCUUCAUCAUCGAAGUUGUCGCCCUCUAUUGGCUGCCGUCCAUCGUCAAGGAUAGACGGUUACGCUCAGUUGUAACAGGCCCUCCAGGCGGAGGGUUCACCGAAAGUAGUGAAGUAGAAGAGGGAGCAACGAUCGCAGUUAUUGAAGUUUGAAUCUACCACAAGCUCACGAUGUUCGCGUCUUCCUCAUCUGCGUUCUUCUCCGUCUCUCCAAAGCACAUUCAGGAGAGAAGCAACCGAUGGUCGUUCCUGCGGGCGAGACCCAGUCUCUCACUCAGGCAUCAGCAGCAACUUCCUAUUUUCUUCAUCACAGCUGCCGCAUCUUCGUCCGCCAAUGCCUCUUCUAUCGAAGCCGCACCGAUUACCGAGCUUGACGCAGUCUCUGCGUUCAGUGAGAUCGUCCCUGACACCGUUAUCUUUGAUGACUUCGAGAGGUUUCCACCAACAGCUGCCACGGUUAGCUCUUCCCUGCUAUUAGGAAUCACCAGCCUCCCGGAUACCAAGUUUAAGAGUGCUAUAGAAACAGCUCUUGCAGAUGGACAAUGUUAUGCUAAGGAUGACCCCAAGGAUCGACUCGGUUGUUUCUUUAAUAAGGCACUUGUCAAUGUUGGGGCAGAACUUGUGAAAGAAGUGCCUGGCCGUGUGUCGACUGAGGUGGAUGCUCGAUUGGCUUAUGAUACACAUGGAAUUGUAAGGAAGGUACAUGAACUGCUAAAAUUGUAUGCUGAGGUUGAAGUUCCUCAGGACCGUCUCUUGUUCAAGAUUCCUUCAACAUGGCAGGGUAUUGAGGCCUCAAGAUUGCUGGAAUCUGAAGGAAUACAGACACAUCUUACAUUUGUUUACAGCUUUCCUCAAGCAGCUGCUGCAGCUCAAGCUGGAGCUUCUGUAAUUCAGAUAUUUGUUGGACGACUACGGGAUUGGGCCCGCAAUCAUUCCACUGACCCUGAGAUUGAAGCUGCUCGAGGGAGAGGUGAAGAUCCUGGGAUUGCAUUGAUUUCCAAGGCAUACCAUUAUAUUCACAAGCAUGGAUACAAAUCUAAAUUGAUGGCUGCUGCAAUACGGAACAAGCAGGACAUCUUCAGCAUCUUGGGGGUGGACUACCUUAUUGCCCCGUUGAAGUUACUACAGUCACUUAAGGAAUCAGAAAUCUCUCCUGAUGAGAAAUAUUCAUUUUUCAGGAGACUCACCCCAGCUGUUUCUAAGGCAUUCAACUUCUCUGAGGAAGAGCUAGUCAACUGGGAUCAACUGACGUUUGCAUCUGCAAUCGGACCUGCAGCUGAAGAACUUCUUAGUGCAGGUGUUGAAGGUUACAUAAAUCAAACAAGGCGUGUUGAGGAGUUUUUCGAUAAGAUAUGGCCGCCCCCAAAUGUUUAAUUUACUGCUUACUCAAAAGUGUGGAUAGAAUCCAAAUGGUUGGAUAAUUUCGAAUAAUGGUGGACAGCGAUGACUAAUUUCUUUCUUGAUGGCGAAGAUCAAGUUGAGUUGAACGGCAUAUGGUAUCGGAAUUUUUGUAAACUGCACUUUAGUUUUAAGAUGACUACUUUUUGCUUUA